GGAAGACCAGAGGUAAUGUGCUCCCGGUGCUGGCGGUCUUCUGGUCCGCUGGUUAGUUCCCCGUGACAUGCGUUGACGUGUUUGGCCAGCCUCUAGAAAUCUGCAGCAAGCACACAGGAGGGAAAGGGGAGCUCUUUUCUUCUCCGGUCCUACUGGCGCCGUCGUGAUUUUCUAACGCUUUGCGCCCGCUUCAGGUCUCAAGCCUCGUAUUAACUGAUGUCAGCACCAUCAAUGAAGGAAAGGCAAGCAUGCUGGGAAGCACGGGAUAAAUUUUGGAAGUGCUUAGAUGAAAAUAUGGAAGAUACAUCCAAGUGUGACAAGUCUAGGAGCUCUUUUGAAAGUUUAUGUCCACAGCAGUGGGUUAAAUACUUCAAUAGAAGAAGAGAGUAUUUAAAAUUCAAAGCUAAACUAGAAGAAGGAGAAUAUCAGCCUUCAGAGAACCCUGAGAAGUCAUAGUUAUCUUGUCCUUUUUCUGGUUACUUCAGACAUAAGUGUUUGCAGAAGAAAAGCACUGGUGUGCCAACAGCCUCUUUUGAAUUAAAUGUAGAACCAAUCAUGUGAUGACUAGAAUGUUGCUUUGUUGUCUCUUCUGAGGAGAGUGCUGCCAUGUAAAUAAAACUUCUAAAGAUAUUAUUGCUUCCA